UUUUCUUGAAAAAUUUGUUAAGAGUAAUCUCACAAUUUCCAGGGGGAUUUUUUCCUCUCUCAAAUUUUAGAUUUUUGGGGCUCAGAAAUUUCAGGGGUUUUCCUUUAAUAUGUCUUUGAGUGUUCGGCAGAAAUUUACAGAUAAAAAAAAAGACUAUUUAAAGUGGCCGUAAUAUGGCGUGGUAUAGGAGUCCUUCAGUAGAUUGGGUUCAUUUACAGAAUUUGUACUAAAUUUAGAUCUUUGCAGUCAUUUUUUAAGAUGACCAAAAGCAGCUGUUAUUAUUACAUAAUUACAGAUGUAAACUGUAACAUACUGCUACCACAAACAAAGGUGGGAUAGCAUUCCAGGCAAAGUUACAACAGCAAUGUCUACGUUACAGCAUCAUGGCCAAAGACAAAAAGAUGAAAUAAAUUGGAAAUAUGUUUAGUGGACAAGUGGCGAAUAAAUUGAUAGAAAAAGUAACUAACUGGACACUGCAGCACAAGCUCUCUACACUUUGUCACAACCUGGAGCAGAAAUAAAAAAAAAGAUGCUAGCAUCUGCUGCAGUGUUAAGAUAGUUUCCACUGUGUGUAUCAGGGAAUAUUAAUAUUUGGUCAUUGAACCAUUAGGUUUGUGCGUUUUUAGAGGGGGAGGUCUCAGGUUGUGGUUCUUAACCACCACCAUUACCAGAGGUCCACUGUAGUGAAGAAACAGCGUCACCACAGUGACUAACAUUACUGCACGAAUACAGAAUAGCAUUAAAAAAAACAUUAUUCAAAGGGGCAGUAAUAUGUAUCUUCCAGGCACGUAGUGCCAUUUUAUAGCUCUGUGAGGUGGCGAUAGAGGGUUGCUGUGUUUUGCACAGCUGAAUGUUUGUUGUGGGAGAUGAAUUGAUUUCUCAAACACCAAUCAAUCAAGUAUAUUUGUAUAGCACUUUUCAGCAACAACGCAGUUCAAGAUGGUUUAUGUCAUAAAAACGCAAAAAUACAAAGUCAUAUAAGAUACCACACAGUCAAUGAUUGAGAAAAUCAGUAAAAUGUUGGUCAGCGUUUAAUUUAUUAUGGUUCAAAUGCAACUCUAAACAGGUUGGUUUGUACUCCCAGAUUUGUGAAUGAAAGAAUCAAGGCAGCACUCCAGGUCUGUUUUACUCCAGGUCUGUUUUACUCCAGGUCUGUUUUACUCCAGGUCUGUUUUACUCCAGGUCUGUUUUACUCCAGGUCUGUUUUACUCCAGGUCUGUUUUACUCCAGGUCUGUUUUACUCCAGGUCUGUUUUAGAUGAAGGAAUAACCUUAUAAUAUGAUGCCAAUAUUAUUAUAAGGCAUCACAAUUUGAAAAAAAGCCGAUGUCACAUAAUACUGCCCCUCUAAAGCUAUGAACAUCUCGUAGAGUACCGAGUAGCAGCCAGUGGUGACGCUAGAGGAGCUACAGAAAAACACAGCUCAGGUGGAAGCAACUAUUAGUCCCGACAUCCACAAAUUUGAUUUAUGGAUGAGGGAAAGAUACUCAGUUGAUGAAAAUCUGUUUGAAAAUUCUCUCCAAGGAGUCUGACUCAGGUUGACAUAUUUUGUAAAGAACAAGCCGUCUCCAGAUGUGCAAAGCAGGUACGAACAUCUGUCAGUGGUCCUGAAGUCGUAAUUGCAGCAGAAACAAAGAAAGAAAAAAGAAUCGCAUAUAACUGUGCCUCUCGUUCAUAAUUACUUACUCGUUUGUAGCAGUUUGUGGUUGUAAAGUGACAUGUUUUCUUGGUGUGAAAAUUCUUGCAGGUCUUGUAUUCUUGUUUUGUUGUAACAAUGUGUUGCACGAAGCAGUUUUAUGUAAAAGUUGACCCUAACGCAGCAGCAGCCAGAAAAACCCCCACUUUUUAAGAUCUGAGCCACGUCCUGUGGCUCGUUGGAAGGCUUUUGGUGAUCUGAUCACAGUUCUGUGUAAAAACUUUUCCUUUAUGUAAUCCCAGACUGACUUCAUGAUGCUCAGAUCAGGGCUCUGUGGGGGUCAAACCAUCUGCUGCCGGACUCUGUCUCGUCUUUCUCACUAGAGAAAGAGAGACUAGUGGUACAUUUCAAGCUCGUUGCCUAGCUGCGGAGGGAAUUUGUAACAAUUGGCUGCCUCCCUGGGACAGCACGGCUUGGCGAAGGACAUAAAAAUAUAUAUAUAUAAAAAAUGUUAUUAUCAGUAUUAGGAAUAUGAAUGAAAUGCUUGAACCAACAGCAAAUGCUGGCUGAAACUGUACCUUUUCUUCUAAGACAUACUAAUACCCGGGAAUAAAUCUCGCAGUCGGGGUUUUAAACACCCCCCCCCACACACACACACACACACCAACACACACACACACACACACACACGCACACACACAGACACACCAGGGCGUUGCUGUUCUGCUUCAGCUCCCCCACCGCUGGCUGUUACAUGUGAAGAGACGAUGAGGUAACACACAACCCCACCGCUGGCGAACAGGAGCACGCAGAGGAAAUCUCUGGCACCAUCUAGUGGCCAAUGAAGCACCAAAAAAACAUGUAUGCUGUCUUGGUAAAUUCGCUGUCAUUUAAACAGCUGGUUCCCGUCCUUUUCAUAUUAGUCUCCAGUCCCACUGCGGGUAAUGAAGCUGAACUCUUCUCAACAAAGGCCUCGGCACGAGCGCGCGACCCGCCCGGUGCUAAACUGGAGAUCACAGAGCCGCCGCGUGACCCUAAUCUGCAUAAUCCCAUUAAAACCGCGCUGCUAACGGCACGCGCCAAACAAACAGAGGGAGAGCGGCAACAUUGUUGUUAAGGCCAGAGAAGAUAUGAUUCAGCAAAAAUUCAGACAAGACCUGUUCAUCAAAUCCGAACCUGUGCAACAAGAGGAAAUGUUAACCACCCAUGAUAAAAAUGCCAUGUUGCAUCUGUCUGUUCAGAGCAUCAAACGCGCAACUAAAAACAGCCUCAACUCGAAUACACCUGGCCUCCAUAUGUCAGGCACACAUGGACAAGAGUCACUGGGUCAGCUUAUGGCAUCCUCACCAACCCAGGAGGGCAUGGCACAGCUGGGCUCACUGGUGCUUAAGUCUCCCAGGCAUGACUUGGAGAGGCUGGCUGAGGACCAGCCCCCCAGGCGACCCCUCAAGCUCACCCCUCUGGAGCUCCCAGAGGAGGUAAGAGAGGCACAGAGGAAAAAACUUCACUUGAUCCAACAAGACGCCAAACUUGCCGACUGUAAGUUCGACAUGAUGCUGAAGGAGAACAUCAUGAGGAAGCCAAAACCGAUAAUGAGGCAGAAGAUUGUGAAAGCAGUCGAGGGUCUUUCUGCUUCAACCAUGCCAGUCGUGACUCAAGCACAACAGAAAUCCCAUAGACCGCAGCCAACAUGCUCUAACCCAGUGGAGAAGAGCGGAGAGAGGCAAUUGCGAGACAUCACACAUCGAGGGAUCCCAGCGUCCCUCUCCGGCAAGCCUGCCCCUCCUCUACCUGCUGCCAGAAUUAAGGCUCAGGCCGCAUGCGACGGAGAGGCGUCACGCAAGAACCCAAAUGCCCUCCAGUUCGAGGUAGAGAGAAGGCGGCCGAGGCUGAGGAGAGAGCAACGCCUCGAAGAGGAUCAGUGCCAAGCCAACACGUCAACCGGGGGAUUAUGCACAGAUGGAGGCAAGCUUGCCCAAGGUGUCCGAGGCAAAGGGCAGCAGGCGGAGUGGGCUUGUAGAGGCCAACCGCAUGCUGGAGAGAACUUCAAAGAUCCCUGCACUCUCGCAACGUCACGCGAGCAGGGAAGCGCCAAGAAGGGCCACCGAGAGGGAGGCGGGAAGCAAUCCGCAAGAUACAUCUUGGACAGACAGUCGGACGAAGGUGGAAACAGGGAAGCAAUUUCCAACAGCUGGAAGGCAAAGAGGAAAAUUCCCUUGAUCAUGAAGCAGAAGAAUGCCUUUCCUGGUGAGGCUCUGAAAGUGUAGUGAAAGUUCAGCAUGGAAGUUGCCAAUUCCUUAGAUAGUGAGUCAAAUAUUUUGUUCAGAUUACAGUUUAUAAUGUUCCAAACUUUAAUACAGAAAGUGAAUUAGCAGUGAGAGACGCAUAUGCCAGGUUUGCUUUAAGUUAUGCAUAGUCUUAUUUGCAAAGCCUCUGCUGACGAGACUGACUUAAUUAGCUUAGGCAGCCCUGGCACGGAGCGAGGCUUCUGAUACAUCACACAGGGUGUGAUACAGCAGCGAUCCAACAGAAUGACACAGCAGAGAUUUUUCCUCUAAGGAGGAAAAUAUAUCCUGAGGGGUAGGAUCUGAACCGUGGAGGUACUGAGGAUGUUGACUGACUGAUGUAAAAUUUUGCAGUAUUUUUUUUUAACUGGAAAUGGCAUGAUUAAUAUAUUUUAACGAGGUAAGAGUGUCAAAAAUAUG